UUAAACCAAUUUUUUUAUACGGAAUUACGAUUUCCUCUUGUGACCUUCGCAAGGAGAAAGCGGCGCAUGCGUGAAACAACAUUCCGUCAAUUCUGGGUCAAGUAGUGCAGCCAAGAUGUCGGGGAAAGACAGAAUAAACAUUUUCCCUUCUCGAAUGGCAAUGGCCAUCAUGAAGGCUAGACUGAAAGGGGCCCAAAAAGGGCACAGUUUGUUGAAAAAGAAGUCAGAUGCUCUCACAGUUAGGUUUCGUAAAAUUUUAAAGAAUAUUAUUGAGACUAAAGUACUGAUGGGUGAUGUUAUGAAAGAGGCCUCAUUUUCCCUUGCUGAAGCUUAUUUUGCAGCUGGAGAUUUUAGUUUUGUUAUUUGUGAAAAUGUUGAUAAAGCAUGGACAAAAAUUAAGACAAGAAAGGACAAUGUAGCAGGUGUUUUGCUGCCAAUGUUUGAAUCCUACAAUGAUGGAGCAAACACCUAUGAACUGACUGGCUUGUCUAGAGGUGGCCAGCAAGUGAACAACUGCUCACAGACAUUCAAUAAAGCAGUAAAGCUUCUUGUUGAAUUGGCCUCGCUGCAGACAUCAUUCAUUACUCUUGAUGAGGCCAUCAAAAUCACAAACAGAAGAGUCAAUGCUAUUGAACAUGUAAUCAUUCCAAGAUUGGAAAGAACUCUGCAGUAUAUUUCAAGUGAGCUUGAUGAGAUGGAACGAGAGGAGUUUUACAGGUUGAAAAAGAUUCAGGAGAAAAAGAAACAAAAUAAAGCCAAGAAAGAACUAGAAAUGCAACAAAGAGGAUUGAUGGUCUGUAUUGAAAAUUCUUUUUUCAAUUUCUUUUCAUAUUUAGUCGUAUUCUAGAGCUGUAGUUAACAUUGAAAAUAUAUAACUGGUUUUUCUUUAUUGUUUAGUUCCCAUUUGUGUUAGAUUGUAUAGACAUUUACAUACUGUAUUUCCUCUAAUGAACCCUGCUUUCUGAUAAAUUCUACCAUCUAUAAAUGCCAACCAUAUGUAAUAAAUGCCGCCCUCUUUCAAACACAACAUUUUGAAAAGCGGCUCGAUUAGAAAACAGACCAAACAAGAAAUAAAGAAUAUAUAGGUUAUAAGCUUACUAUUGUAAAGCUAUGAAGGUUUUCAUUUCAUAGAUGAGAACUCUGACAUGAAUGCAUUUUUUGUGAACUUUGAAAAAUUCUCACCAAAUCUUUGAUAUAUACAUGUUUUUGGGGGAAAAUUUUUUUUCCAAUCUUUUAUUUUUAUAUAUUCUAUUUUUAUAUUUUUAUCACACUUUUCUUGUCAUUUUUCAUUUAACUCUUUUUUAUUUUGUAUUAAAUGAUGCCUUCAGAUAAAUGCCACCUUCUAUUAAAUGCUGAAUACAAAAGUUGGAUUUGGUAAUAAACCUUGCAACGUUCCUUAGAGAAAAUAUGGUAUAUUUUGCUUCAGUAUGCUCAAAUUCAAGCAUUAUGAAAACCAAAAGCUUUGUAAAGGAACAUUUCUUUGGUGGAAUCUUUGAUAUGUUAGAAACAAAUGGUGUUUCUAGACUAGGCUAAAGUUGUGCUGUAAGUCAAAUACAGCUUGAUGUUAUUUGAAAUAAGAUACAGAAUGACAGACAAGGUGUGUUUGGUACAAUGCUUCCAAAUAUAAAUAUGUUUUGCUAUUUUUACAGCCCAGGCAGCUGAACAUGCUCCAAGUUUACUUGCAGACGAAGCUGAUGAGGACUUACUUUUCACGUAAUUCAAUGGGACUUUUAGUAAGAACAAUUUUGACAUUUAUAAGAGGACAAGAAAGAAUUGAAUUCUUCUGAGAGUUGAAAAUUCAUUUAAAACGAAUAUUUACAUGAAAUAUAAAACACUUUUAAGAUACCAAAUAAUGCUUCGGAUAUUGAAUCUCCUUUGACCUAUAGACUUUUUCCUUUAAGACAUUGAAAUUUUAAUGCAACCUUAAGUAGUGUUUUCUUAACAUACCAAGGAACAAAACCUUUCUAAGAGAAUCAUACAUUUCAUCUCUAAACGGAUCAUUGCCAAAAAAUAUGUAGUUCAUUGAAAAUGACUCCUGAGACUUCAGAAACCUAUUUUUGAGACUAGCAGUUCUCCAGACCAACAAAAUUGAACAUCAAAUUUGUUCUCACAGUCACCUAUAAAAAAUUGCAAAUAUAGAUUCAAUUAGAGAGCCAGGGUUAGUCUUUUUAUUGUUCUCUAGUAUUUAAUUUAAUAAUUAAGAUAGCAAUUCUAUGUUCAAAACACUCAUGGAAAAGUGAAUUUCUUUUUUCAAUUACAUCAUAUUUAAAUUGAGAUCACACAUAUGAUCUUCUAUAUCAACAUUAAGUGAUGCAAAUAUUGGGCAAAUUUUUCAAACAGAGUUUAAGUUUUUGUCUAAUCAUUGUGUUUAAUGAAUUUGAAACACCAUUGUAAGCUUAAAUAACACUGCAAGUAUCCAGUCUUUUUGUUUCUUAUAUAAGUAAUUCUCAAUUUCUUACUUCCUUUUAGAAGGACCAAUGUUACUUGAUAUACCAGAAAAUUUUAAACAUACAAUCAAUUUCUUAUUUAAAAAAUCAAUUUUUCUGUUAAUAUUAGAUCUGAAAUGAAAUUUUAUUGCAAUGAAA